CAAUUCUUCAGUACGCUGCAGAUGUCAAUAUAUAUAUUGAGCGAGCAGGUACAAUUAUUCCAGAUAUGGAUAAUUGGAAAUUUGGAUAUAAUCAUAUAGAGUAAGCACGCGUUUCUCUGCAUAAACUGCUGUUCAUGAAUAUUCAAAUACGGAGGCUAAAAUCUAAAGGCGCCUACUGUUAACUCACCAAUUCAAUUCAAACACGACUCAAAUUGGUACUCACACACCAGAAAAAGUAAUCACGACAAUCACGCCGACAUCAAUUCGAUCUUUCUACCAAUUGUUUAUCCACAUCGCAUACAAUUCACUGAUUCACGAUCACGCAUAUUUGGUGGACUUUCAUUUUUUGUGAACUCAAAGUUUUUCGAUCCGUUGAUUUUGAGAGAUAAAAAGUGGAGCUCAGCUACUAGAUAAGCAGAGGAAGUUGAGGGAUGGAGACGGUAAUGGAGGAGGAAGAGUACAACUGGAGAGAAGUGGUGUUGUCGCCGCUUAAACCGCUUGUACCGGAGCCCGAACUGGAUCCCGAGCUUGACCGAGAGACCGGAGAGAGAAGAAGGGGGCGCGACAUCAUGAUCGCUGUGGAUCACGGCCCUAAGAGUAAGCACGCCUUUGAUUGGGCCAUCACGCACCUCUGCCGCCUCGCCGACACCGUCCACCUCGUCUACGCCAUCUCCAGUUUGAACAACCAGAUUGUGUACGAAAUGACUCAGGGUCUCAUGGAGAAGCUCGCCGCCGAGGCGUUUGAGGUUGCUAUGGUAAAGACAAAGGCUAGGAUAGUGGAAGGAGAUGCGGGAAAAGUAAUAUGCAAGGAAGCAGAGAGGUUGAAGCCUGCUGCUGUAGUGAUGGGCACCAGGGGCCGAAGCUUGAUUCAAAGUGUAGUAAAGGGCAGUGUAAGUGAAUAUUGCUUCCAUAAUUGCAGAACAGCACCAAUUAUAGUCGUUCCUGGUAAAGAAGCAGGGGACAAAUCUGUGCUGUAAUGGAUGAACAGCUUAAGGAUCGUCAGAAGCAUGAAUAUGGUGGUCGUAUCUCUUCUAGUGAAGACAGGAUUUCUUUCUGUUGGAUGUGAGCUUAGAUAUAAGAUUGUGAUUAGUUGAUUAAUUUGGUGUUUGUAAUGUAUUUUACUGCUGUGUGCUCAUGUAUUAGUUUGGUUUGUCUGUAACUAUUUUAUUGUACAAUAAAAUAGUAAUAACUAUGAUAGUUUAUGUUA